AUGCCGCGCACCGCUGAGACCGCCAGCUUCAAGUUCAACCACACCAUGAUCCGCGUCAAGGAUCCUCAGGCCUCUCUCAAGUUCUACACCGAGGUUCUCGGCAUGGACCUCGUCUCCAAAACCGAGAUGCAGACCUUCACGCUCUACUUCCUCGCCUUUGAUCACGGCCAGGGCACGACGCCCGAGAACCGCUUCCAGCGCGAGGGCAUCCUCGAGCUCACCCACAACCACGGCACCGAGUCCGACCCCAACUUCGCCGGCUACGCGAACGGGAACUCGGACCCCGGCCGCGGAUUCGGCCACAUUGCGAUCACCGUCGACGAUAUCGAGACGGCCUGCGCGCGCUUCGAGGCCCUCGGGGUCAAGUUCCAGAAGAAGCUGAGCGACGGGCGCAUGAAGAACAUCGCGUUCAUCCUCGACCCCGAUGGGUACUGGGUCGAGAUUGUUCCCGGCACUUACAGGCCCAGCCCGUGA